AUGAACCCAAACCUUGCUUACUCGAGGUGUGCUGGAUCCAAAAACUCAUCCGGGAGUAACUUCAGUCAACUCAGACUUCAGUGCUCUAUAUGUCUGGAUGUGUUCACUGAUCCAGUCACGACUCCAUGUGGACACAACUUCUGCAAGACCUGUCUGAAUAAGUGCUGGGACAACAGCCAGACCUGCAGCUGUCCAUACUGUAAAGAAACAUUCAAGCAAAGACCUGAUCUCAAGAUUAAUACCACACUCCGAGAGCUCGUAGAUCACUAUAAGAAGAAAAGUCCUGAGAAAAAGCCUGAAGUUGUGUGUGACAUCUGUGAGGAAAGAAAGCUGAAAGCCCUGAAGUCGUGUCUGGUGUGUCAGAGCUCUUACUGUGAAACUCACCUGGAGCGUCAUUUGAGAGUGGCAGGUUUGAAGAAACACAAACUGAUGGAUCCUGUGAGUAAUCUGGAGGACUAUAUAUGUCAGAAACAUGAGAGACCUCUGGAUCUGUUCUGUAGAGAUGAUCAGACAUGUGUGUGUUCGAUCUGCACUGAGACAGACCACAAGAACCACAACACUGUUCCUAUAGAAGAGGAGAGCGAAGAGAAGAAGACUGAAUUGAUGAAGACACAGAAAGACGUGCAGCUGAUGAUCCAGAACACAAUCAAGAAGAUUCAAGACAUCAAACACUCAGCAGAAGUCAGAAAAAGAAACACAGAGAAGGAGAAAGCAGCCCGUGUCGAGCUCUUCACUGAUCUCAUCCGCUCCAUUGAGAGACGUCAGACUGAACUGCUGGAGAUGAUGGAGGAGCAGCAGAAAGCAGCAGAGAAACAGGAGCAAGAGCUGAUUGAAGAGCUGGAGCAGGAGAUCACUGAGCUAAAGAUGAGAAACACUGAGCUGGAGCAGCUCUCACACACUGAAGAUCACCUCCACUCCCUUAAACAUACCCGGGGUCCUAAAGAUGCAGGGAGUUUAGUAGCCUUACUUGUGCCUGUCUCAGCUGCAGCACCAGUUUCUUGUAGUCUGCCUGCAACAACCAGAAAGAUGAAGCAGCCAAACACAAAAGCAUUGCCUCGUUUUUGUUUCAAAAGGCAAAUAAG